AUGGCUGAUCAUCUCAUUCGCCUUGUCCUCGAUCCGCUCGUCUCACACUCGCCGGCCUCGUCUCUGUCAACCGCCUCGCAUUCUACAGCUUCUGCUGCGUACUCGGUCGGGACAAAGGCUGUGACUCUGCCGCAUGAACGCGAGCGCGCAGCGGCCCAGAUCGGCUCGCCUUCGGUUCUCAACGACAAGGUCAAGCCACACAUGCGCGAUACGGCAUCUUUUGUCCGCAAGCGUAACGCAAGCUCGCCGUAUCGUAAGCGUGCGCCCAAAGCUGUGCAUCGCGUCCUCCAUCCCCAGGACGUCCGUGUCCAUGCAGACGCCGCUCGCGCCCGCACGGCAGACUCGCCCAUGUCCGCCUACUCGGAGUCCGAUCGCGCCGCCAUCGUGGCCAUUCAAGCUGCUCGUCAGGCAAAGGCAUAUGCGCUCCAAGUCGGCGUCAUCUUUCGCGACGUAGAGACCGCCGCAGUCGCCGGCUCGGCCCUUGCCACCAACUUUCAGUCCGAGCUCAACUUUAAGGACGAGAAGGCCAAGGCCAAGGCCCACCGCGCCCGGUCCACCUCGCUGCGCUCUCUGGCGGGUCCGCUGGAGACAGCCUCUGUGGCCGAUACUACUGCAGCUACUGGAGAUGCCGCAGGUGCCGGCACGUCGCGAGUGGACGAUGCCGCCCAGCCUCCGUCGGCCAAGCCGUCGCGUCCGUCGACCGACCGCCAGGUGCACCACGACGGGCCAGCGGUCGAGGCUAGCGAGCCCGGUUCGCCGGCCGUGCCCGAAGCUGACUAUGCCUGUGAAUCGGAGCUCUCGGCAGGCUCGGCGAGCUCGAUCGCGCUGCGUGAGACUGUGGAGGAGCUCGGUGGCGAUUCAGCGAGCUCCGAUGUCGCGCCGCCAAGGCCGACAGUCACACCGCCGCCGCAGGUGCCCGCAGAGCCGCAAGCAGACACCGUCAGUACCAGCUCUGUGCCGCGGUUUGGCCGCCGCCGCCGCCACCGCCGCAGGCAGCGGUCGGCUGAACCAGCGCCGGCCGAGCCGGCGGUCUCUCCUCACGCAGCCGCGCCGCCGGCUCCCGCGGCAAUCGAGCCCAGUCCGCCGCCCAUUCUACGAGCACAGACCAAGGCCGACUACGCGCUCCGGCUGCUGCACCAAGCCUCGCAGUCCCAUGAUGGCGUCCACGUUCUCCUCUCCCUGGCGGUGGUGGCGGACAAGGUGUUCUUUGGCUUUGCACACGACGCGCGGGUUCGAACGCUGGCGCUCGCGCCGGGCCAGUGGGCGCCGAUGCAGGAGAGGCCGGUUAAGGUUCGCAAGCUUGCCUCUCACGAGCGGACGGGAAACAACGCGGUGCCGACGAUUGCGGCACUGGGCCAGCCGGAGCCGCUGGUGGUCACGGGCGCCUUUGACGGCUCGGUCCUCGCCUUUGGCCUCCGCUCGCGAACCAAGCGUCGGCUUGAUGGCGCGACCGAUGCCGUGCUGACGGUUGCGGUGGGCGCUGAGCUCAUCGCCUCGGGUUCGGCCGACAUGGGCGUCAACGUUUACACUGCGUCGUCAGGCGCGCCGCUCUGUCGGCUCAAGUCGCACACCUCGUACGUGCGGUCAGUAGCCAUCGUCCACUCGCGGGUGAUCUCGGUCUCGGACGAGUCGGGCGCUCAGCUGUGGGACGUGAGCACGCCGACGGCACCGUGGCUGGUGGCAGUCCUCCAUGAGGACGGCUUUCCGCGCGCAGUCCAGGCCGUGGCGCUCGAGUCAGCCGAAAUGGUCGCCCUUGUCUACGCCAACGGCUCGGUCCGGAUCUGGACGGUCGACACGCAGCUGGUAGUCCUCACGCUCCACCACACCGCACCGGUGGCCGACAUGGCGUGGGACGCGGUCACCGCGGCUGUCCUCACCACCGACGGCUCGCUGGUGCUGUGGGACGUUGCCGACGCCGUCGCCUCGCGGGCCUCCGAGUCGCCGUGGGCCACCAACAAGUACUCGGGCGUGCUCGGGACGCUCACACUCCCGACUGGAACCGGCAAGCCGCAGGCUGUUGCUCUCGACGAGACCAGGUUUGUUGUCGCCACCGCCGAAGGCGCGCUGCUCAUUGCGCCACGCCUCCGGGUCCCGCCAUCAAGCCCGCCGCGCCCCGUCUAGUAUCGCGAGGAGUAGACCCGGGUGGUGGUGCCCGGCGCGAGCGACGACCGCGAGAACUUGAGCAGAAUCGACUCGAGCUUGGUCCCCUCGGGCGUGAUCGGCUGGAGGUACGGCUCGAGCUGGGCACGAGUCCAGUGCUGCUGGGCGGUAAAGAGAGCAUCGAACCGC